CAUAAUUGAAAAAUAAUAAAAUAAUUAAAAAAACGGAAAUAAAGUAUUAGCAUUUCUAAAUGUUCUCUAACUUUUGUUUGUGGAUUCUAUUGAUAUUUUCAUCACUGGGUGCAACUGUAGAACAAAAUGCACCAAAAGCUCCAGAUAAAUUCAAAGUACAUUUUAUGGAAGCCAAUUCAAUUUACAACUUUAAACCCUUUAAAAGCGGAUUUUUUGAAAAACAUCUCAACACCUAUUGCUAUAGUGGCGAGCCUAAAUCCCUAGGACGACUUCUGGAAUCUGUGGAGCUUGUCUUGGAAAUCGAAGAUGACGAUUAUACACAAUAUGAUGGCACCACACCUUACGAAGUUGAGGAACAUUACCAAGAGCAUAGGUCGCUUUUCAGUUUUAAUCUAUUUACACAGAAGCGUUCGCGUCUUUCGCUCUCACCUUUUGGCCAGCAAUGCAUAGGCAUAGAGACUGCUGUGCAAACCUACAAGGUCCGCCUGCUUAGGCAGAAUGUCGAUUAUAUUCGUGCCAUAAUGCUCUUCAGUGGAAUAACAGUAUUUCUCUUUGCUGGAAUCUUGAGUAGAAAUUCCUUAUUCUUCUAUGUAACCGGAAUAGUAUUUGGAAUUUGUUCAUCAUUUCUGCUGCUCAUAUGGUUGUCGGGAAAACUCAUGCCAAGACGUGCCAUGAUGUAUGGUGUGUUAAUUGGUGGCUGGACUGUUGGCUUUUAUGUCUUACGAAUGUUGUGGGACAACUUGCAAAUGAUCAUGAUGACCUAUCGUAGUUAUGUAUGCUGGUACAUUGUAAUUACAGGCCUUAUAUCAUUUUUCCUAUGCUAUCACUGGGGCCCUCCCAAGAACAAAAGAUCGAAAAACAUUAUCAAAUGGUUAUUGCAGUUGAUGUCAUCGACUAUAAUUUAUUUCUCCAGCAACUUCAAAGAGGCCAUUAUUGCAGUCAUUUUAAUGACAUUUAUUUUGUAUUACUUCCCGCGAGUUUUGCGCGACAUAAUGAGUUUUCGUGGUGAGAAAAGUACACAAGUAAACUCAGAAGCUAAGCGCCAGUGCAGCAGCCCAUUGAAAAAGAAUCUAAGGGAUGAGUGCAAUGAGUGGCGCUUGAAUAGUUCGCAGAACAAAGAGUGGAAGAUCAAGUUAAAAUCUGGUACUCGUUCCAUUAACAACUCUCGUCGUUCGCUAUUGGGCUCACGCAGCAACUUGCCCAGCGAAGAAGCCAAACAAUUGGGUGAUUCCAGCUCUGAUGUGGAAGAAAAUCACUCGGAAUCCGAUAUUAGUUUCAAUGAAGACAAUGUGACCAAACAAAAACUGUACCCUUUGCCAGAUGGUUCAUUUUUAUUAAGCGAAACACGUCCUAUUAUAAUAACUCCUCGCCACGGCACGCCUAUUUAUCAUCGUUCAUCUCCUCUGGUGAAUGGCGAAGUUGCCACUGGGGCCGAUGAAGACGAUCAUACACAUCAUAUGCCGCUGCCGGCUCAUACUAGACGCCUUACCGCUGCCUCAUCGACAUCGGAAUUGUUUGUUAAAAGUCGUCUCAAUACACCUUCACCACAUCAGGUACAGCGUUCAAGCAGCGCACAGCGAAGUGUACCAUCAAGAUCUAUGAAAAUGCUCUCUUCGGCCAAGAAAACCCAUUCAAGUAAUCCGAAAAUUAAAAUUGUCAAAGCCGAUAGUGAUGAGGGUGAAGGGUAAUAGAAAUUUUUGAUUCCAUGACCGAUUUUAUCAUAAAGAUCUUAUUUUUAUUAUAAGUUGCUGAGCAACAAAUAUCUCGCAAUUGUUUAAAAUUUCUAUAGAUUUUUUUUUAGUUUAUUCUAAAAAAACAC